CUUGUAGUACAGCUCCCUGCAGAGGAGGAACAACUUAACUUUCAAUUUCGAUUUAAUUCAGAAAAAAACAUGGAGUCGGUCUGAUAUGUGAUUGUUGAAUUGGUUUGGUAAUAUCAAACAAGUCGAAGACAGUUUUAGAUCUUUAAAAACGUUUUGCGACAAGAGAAGUUUAUAAAACCGGGACUGUUCGACUGAACGUUGUGGUUUACGUCUUUACUUCCUUGGCAGACAGAUUCGGUCGUUGUUGUCGGUCUCAGCAUGUUGGCAGAAACUGGGCCAGAGUGGUUGUCCGAGGAGGUGAAAACCGGAACGACCAUCAUCGCCAUAGAGUUUGAUGGAGGGGUCGUGCUGGGGUCUGAUUCCCGAGUGUCUGCAGGGGAAACAGUGGUGAACAGGGUGAUGAACAAGCUGUCUCCCCUCCAUGACAAGAUCUACUGUGCUCUGUCAGGCUCAGCAGCAGACGCUCAGACCAUCGCUGAGAUGGUCAACUACCAGCUAGAUGUCCACAGUGUUGAGAUAGGUGAUGACCCCCAGGUUCGCUCAGCUGCCACUCUGGUGAAGAACAUCUCAUACAAGUACAAGGAGGAGCUGUCAGCACAUCUCAUCGUGGCUGGCUGGGACAGAAGAGAUAAAGGACAGGUGUUUGCGACCCUGAACGGUCUCCUGACAAGGCAGCCUUUUGCAGUGGGUGGCUCUGGCAGCUCUUAUGUUUAUGGCUAUGUUGAUGCUGAGUAUCGCAGAGGCAUGAGCAAGGACGAAUGCCAGCAGUUUGUUAUCAAAACUCUCUCUUUGGCGAUGAGCCGUGAUGGCUCCAGUGGCGGUGUGGCCUAUAUCGUCUCCAUUGAUGAGCACGGCACAGAAGAGAAAGUCAUUCUCGGAAAUGACUUGCCCACCUUCUUUGAUCAGUGAUCAAUAUGUUUUGUGCAUCUUUGGUUUGUCAAGUCACUGUUUAGGUAUUUCCUUUGCUCACAAAAGCCAUGACACACACUUUUUGGAUCAGCUGUCUGAACUCAACUUGUAAAGUAUUGAACAAGAAUACUUUAACUAGUAAUUUUAAUUUGGAAAAUGCAUUGCUCUAUGAUUCCAGAAGCUAUUUUAAGUUUAAUAUCAGAUAGCCUUUGUGUUUGUCUGUUAGUUAAAAGCUGCUUGGACCCUCAGAUAAUCAGAAACAGAGAAUAUAUUCAAUAGUUCAUUAUUAAGACAUUUUAAAAUGUAAUUAAAAAGAAGGCUAAUUCACCAGAUGGGUUGUAGUAAACACAAUCCAUCCCCUGAGCACGUUCAGGACAGGUUCACAGAGUUAGACAAAGAAAUUGUGUCUAUCAAAUGUUUUUACUCUGGCCAUCGGGUCAUCCGAGCCUACUUCCCUUUAUUUACUUUUAUUUAAAAAAAUAUAGACUCAUUAUUCAGGCCACAAGGUUGCAGCAUGACAAAAACACACUAACAUUAACACCACCAACACUACCAAUGAGUGUUUUAUUGGUCCUGAGUGGCAGAGUAAAUACUAUUAAAUUAGACAAAACCUGCAGAAUCCCUAACAUUCCUUUAACAUUGGCAGGGCCUGUUGUUUGUGAAGUAUUCAGUCAGUCAAACACAUCACAAAAAGUAUAAGACAUAAUUUUUGAAUGAUAACACCCCUCUUUCUGCACUUGAAAGUAUUUUUUUCAUCUAAGUAAUAAGACUGUUAAAGAUGACUGAUUAAUGGUUUUAAAUGUACAUGCAUUUUGAACAUACAUUAUCAAACCAUAUAAAAAACUUGCUAUAAUGGGAAUUAUGUAACAUUUAAAAUAAAGUAAGACCCCUUUGUUGAAUGAUUUA